GUCAGCAAGGAUGUAAUGGCUGGGGGCAGAGCCCACUGCGGUGGGACCUCCCUCCCAAAACUGCCGGGAUAAAUCCACUUCCCCAGCAGGCAGGCGCCUCCCCGAGAGCCCUGCGAGCCUCCAGCUGCUCGGAGCCGCGGGAAUAGCCAUGUCCACGGGGAAGGUGUGCUGCCUGGUGCUGCUGAGCCUGGCCGUGCUGGCAGUGGCGGUGACCCUCGUGGUCAUCCUGAGGCAGCCCAGGUGCGCUCCCCAGCAGUACCUGCACGGUGCCGUGGCUGCCGACACCGAGACGUGCUCCCUGGUGGGCCGGAACAUCCUGAAAAGUGGAGGCACAGCUGUGGAUGCUGCCAUUGCUGGUUUGAUCUGCACUUCAGUGAUGAACCCUCAGAGCUCAGGCCUGGGUGGUGGGGUUGUAUUCACCAUCUAUAAUGCCAGCACAGGAGCAGUCGAGGUGAUCAACGCCCGUGAGACAGUCCCACGAGUGUUUCCUGAUAAUUUAUUGUCUGGCUGCAAUAAUGGUUCGCAUUUAGAUGCCCGCUGGAUUGGCGUGCCUGGAGAACUCCGUGGCUAUGAGGAAGCCCAUAAGCGACACGGCCGCUUACCCUGGAAAGCCCUGUUUGAACCAACCAUCAAGCUUCUUUCAGAGCCACUUACCAUUUCCCCAGUUCUGCACAGAAUCCUCCAUCACCCACUCUUCUCUCGUCCAGGGGAAAGGCUGUGCCCACUGCUGUGUGAUGGUCAAAGGUUUCUGAGGCAAGGCGAGACCUUCCAGUGGCAAGCGCUGAAACAAACACUGCAAACUGUGGCAGAACAGGGAGCUGCAGCGUUUUAUGAGGGAGAGAUAGGAAGGACCCUGGUGCAGGACAUCAGAGAGGCUGGGUCCAAUCUCACACUGGAGGACCUUCGAGCAUACAAAGCAGAGGUAUCCUCAGCUCUGAACAUCACCCUGAACAACCACACCAAGGUAUUUGCUCCAGGACCACCCAUGGGAGGCGCAGUGCUCAUGUUCAUCCUCAAGGUAUUGGAAGAAUAUAAAUUCCAUAGUGGAUCACUGGCAACACCUGAGGAGAAGGUACAAACCUAUCACUACAUUGCAGAGGCCCUGAAGUUUGGCAACAUGCUAAGACCCCACAUGAGAGACCCAGCCUUCUCUGAAGCUCAGGUGCCUCUGGGGACCCUGUUGUCUGACCAGUUCGCUGAGUUUGUGAGGAAGAAGAUAGACAAUCAUGGUAACCACUCAAUCAGCCACUAUAGCCUGAUGGAGUCCCUCUACAAUGACAAAUACAGAAGUAUGGGCACGAGCCACAUCUCUGUGCUGGCUGCAGACAGCAGCGCCGUGUCUGCCACCAGCACCAUCAACUACCCGUUUGGUUCCUUUGUGUAUUCUCGCAGAACUGGGAUCAUUUUAAAUAAUGAACUUGCUGAUUUCUGCAUAGCAAACAGAAGCAUUAAAGCAGGAGAAAAGCCUACCUCAGCAAUGGUGCCUUCCAUCCUCAUCUCCAAGUCAGGAGACAUGCUGGUGAUUGGAGGAGCUGGGGGGGGCUGGAUUAUCAGUGCUACCACCAUGGGGAUUAUAAACAAGCUGUGGUUUGGCUAUGACUUGGAACACGCCAUUUCAGCUCCUGUCAUGCACACCCGGGGUGACAGUGUCCUAUUUGAGGAGUCUUUCAGCAAGGAGGUUAAGACUGGCCUGCUGGGAAGAGGACAUAAAGAAAAGAAAGAUGCACUUGUAAUGAAUGUUGUACAGGGAAUUUCCAAGGAAGGAAAAUGCAUCUCUGCUUACUCUGAUAAAAGGAAGCUGGGGAAAUCGGCUGGAUAUUAGUGUGAAAUGCCAUCACUAUUCACAAAGCCACAGGAGAUUCAGAACAUGCUUUGCUUGGACGUGCCCAUAAUUUCCUGUUCCCAUCAGGAUCUCUCCUGGAGCAUGGGCACAGACUGUGGUUACAUCUAAUUCCAGUAGACUGCAGGUCACCCUCAGGCAAUACAAGGAGAGGUCAGCCAACCUUGUUUAGAGCUACACCUUUCAUUACUUAUGUGAUACACAGAGAACAUAUUGAGCACAUCAGUUACUCAGAAUGAGAGAAUACAAAGUGUGGAAGGAAAAUUGGUCCAAACCCCACUGAGAACACUGUGAAAUAGCCCAGCUGUAUCCUCCAUUCCUGAUGGAGUCUUGGUUUCUUUCACGCUGCUCCACAAUGAGCUUAUUGCUGGGGCUCAGCAAUGUGAAAUACACAACUAUUUUAGCUAUGAAAAGGCAUCUAUAGGAUCAGGAUUUUAAAAUCUGAAGCAUUCAGACUUAGAGCAUGGAUUUGGAAAGGGAAGAGAUCAAAAUUCCACACUCUCCUUCUGUUUCCUCAUCCAAAGAAGCCCAGCUUUUCCCCAGGAUGGCAGAUAUGGCACAGGUGCUGCCCUGCCUGCUGCUCUCAGCCUUGGGGGUACAAAGGACCCCACAGGCUCAGGGCAAGUGCACCAACAUUUCCCCAGCCCUGCACACAGUGACUCUGAGAAUAGCCUCCCAUGGGGGCAUGUGAUUUCCCUGCUCCUGGGACAAACUGGCUUCAGGCUUCCCUGGAGGUGCCUCUCCUCUCCCUGUGGUGAGAUGGGUCCCAGGCUGUGCCAGUUCUCCCUCCUCAACACUGGUACAUCAGUCUUUGGGAAGGCAGGUCAGGAAGGCAGCAGAAAUGUUGUUUUUGGAAACGUUAGAACUUUCUUCAAAUUGCAAAGUAUAUGUGAUCAGGAGAUGUCAUUUGUAGCCCUGAGCUCAGCCUGGCCAGGUAAACACGAGGACUGCUGAGAAGUGAAGCAGCACUAUUGGGCAUUAGCAGAAUUCUCCCAUAUCCUACAUGCUCCAAAUCCCUGUUUACCACAGCUUGUCUCUAGUGCUCUCUUCAGACCACAAGGAGUGCAUUGUAGGACUCGAAGAACUAUCACAGAAAGAGAAAAUUUAGAAGAGACAUGAACGCAAAAUGUCCUGGAAUUUGUACCUGGAUGCAAAAGGUCUUUUGCAGUUAAUCCAUAAUUUUGCCCUGCUCAAAAUGGCCAAGAGAAUAAAACAUUUAGGAAAGUAAAACUUAAAACCCACAAAACCCCCAAAGCUCUUCAAAUAUGCAGGGUCAAAUUCCCAGAAUCCUCAAAAAUUCUAUUUUCUGGAAGCUUCUGAGCCUGACUGCCCCAUGGGCACAGUGUUGUGUGUGUGUCUGAAAGAAAGAAACCAGAGCCAGGCACUAGCAGAGCCCUCCCCCUCACACACAGAGCCCAUGGGACUCCUAGUUCUCCAACAAAUAGAAUCCCUCUGUAAAUAUCAUAACAAGCACACACUGUUAAAAAGCAUAAAUUAAAACAAGGCCAGCUAGAUUUGAAGCCAAUGUUUUUACCCACAACGCCUGUCCAAUAAAGCCAUCAAUCUACUGAAAUCUCAGCCUUCACUUGCAGUUUAGUGAUGGUCCGAGUGAAGCUGAGCAGAGCCAGACGUGGUUUCCUUUCAGAAGUUGUACGCCAAGGAUUGUAGCACUGGCCCCUGCUGUUCCAGUGAGUGAUUGCUGAUUUACCAGCACUUAAUCAUGCAGCUGGAAAUCAAAUUUCUCAUGGAUGGAGCCACCUCCACGCACUGCCCCGCUCCCUCCUUGUCCAAGUGGAAUUCAUCUUGAGUUCCCCAGUUCAGGAAGAACUGCUGGUUUCUCCAUCAGAGCUGCUCACGCACACCGUGGAAGUGGCCUGGCAUCCUGUGAGCAGCAUCACAGUGCUGGUGAAUGGGAAAGGAAACAGCCCCAAAAGCUGAUGAGGGGCGCUUUUUGUGUUCACUUGGAAGGGCUUACAUUGACUAUGACUACCAGAGAAAGAAAAUCUAUGUAAUUUGCUGAAGUUUUCUACCUUGAUUAACUCCCUUGCCCAGCUAGCAGUUCCUGGGUGCAUCAGCUCUGGUGUCAGAAAUAGCACCCGACACAGCUGUGCAGGGGAAGCACUGACAGGAGCCAGACACCAUCUGCAGCACAGACCAGACUGGAUGCUGGCUCUGGCAAGAUCUGUAGCUAUUUCCAGCUAACCCCACAGAGCCGAGUUUACGAUCAGCAACUGAGAGUGGCACUGGCUGGAGACAGGAGGAGCACUCCUGGCUUCUCUGUUGGGCUUCAGGGCCACCUUCAGCAGUGCUCUGGUCCCUCUCUAUCAUGUUUCAUUACAGAAAACUCAAGUCACCAAGUAACUAAGUCUUCCAAUACCUCUGCUUCUGACACACCUUAGGGUGAAGCACUCCAGCCUAUCACCUUUCCUCACAGCUACUUCCCACCACUAGGACACAGGAAUAUUAUCUUUAGUCCAGUACUCACUGCAGUUUAACUGCUUUGCUAUUAACUUUGCAAGUGAGCCAGUGAAGUUUAAAAACCAUCACAGAUUUAAAUUGCAAGACAGAAGGGAAUGGGAAUGCAGAUCUCUCAGUGCCACAGAGACUUCCAGGCCUGCAGUCCUUCCUAGCAGGAUACCUGGUGAAGCUGAGAUUGUACCUGCUUUGGCAUCUCUGCUCUUACCCUGCCAUAUCCUCAGUGCUGCUGAAAUCUGCUUGGGUCAAGAGCCUCUCAGUUUGGUCUCCACAUUCCUGCUCCUCCCAACAAGAGAGCAUUAUUUUUGUACUGAAAUCAAUUUAUAUGGACUUCUAAAGCAUCAUUGUACAGAAGCUGCUUUAUUUUCUAAUGAAAUCUUUAAAUUAUACUUUUAAUAAAGUGUUUUUAAACCUGUC